UAAAUACACCGCCACCACUCGUCACAGGAGUGGUGGCGGUGUUAAAAAUUUUUUGGCGACAUCUUUGGAUUGAUUUUAUCACCCCCAAAUUAAACAGGAAGAUAAUGGAAAGCUGCCGAUGGUUUUGCUUUAAUGCAGGCAGGCAUUGAAUUGAUAAAAUUAAGAACAAAUGGUAGACAAUUUAGAAGAAUAUUUUCUUUAGAUGCAGACAUGGCAUAUAUUCGUUGGACACCUUCAAAUAAAAACCCAACAAAGCUAGAAGAAGAAUGUGCAUUUUCUAUAAUUCACGGGGAUGAACAUGAAUGUUUAGAUUUAAUUGCUUUAAAAGCAAUUGAUGCUAAUAUUUGGAUUACAGGGUUAAUUGCUUUAGCAAGUGAAGGAGUUCCUUCAAUUAGAGGAAGGGAUGUUAGUGGAAGUUUAUAUUCUCCAGCAAAUUUACGUGAAAGAUGGAUGUCUUCUUCUUUUAAAGAAAUUGAUCAAGAUAUAAAAGGUUAUACAAGUGAAAAAUCGGCUGUUAGGCUUAUUCAUUAA